AUGGAAAACUUAAUUGAUUCUCUUGAUACUUUUCUGAAUAACGCUUCUAUAACUUCUAUAGAUAAUGAUGAUAGUUUUAUACACCUGUAUAAGAGUGCAAUAUUGCAAUCUACAGAUAUUAUUUAUGUAGAUGCAUCAUAUAAUAAUAUUCCAUGGUUCAGCGAUAUAGCAAUUGUAAUAGAUAUAAAUGAGACUAUCCAUUAUACUACUGAUCAAGAAGCAUGCUUUAGAAAAAUAUUGUUGCUUGGUGAAUUAUUUAUUAAUAGCUUGUCCAGAAUCGCAACUUUCACUUUUGCUAUAGUGAAAUGGUACGACUACUAUGAACCAAAAAGAGGAGAUUAUGAGCCAACAAAAAUUUAUGGUUGCUCUCGGUUAAGGAUGCUGCAAGAAUAUAAUGUAAUGCCAUUAGAUUUUAUAUCUCAUGCUGUUCAUAUUAUCCCAAGAUUUCAUAAAGAAAAAUCAAUUUUUAAUGAAUAG